AUGGCGUGGAGCCGGCCGACGGCCGCGGCGAGGGCCUCCAGGACCUCCAGGAGGACCAGCGGCGACGCGGAGCGCCGGCACCACGUCCAGGCGAGCAGCCUGCGCGACGUGUCGCUGCCCAGCGGGGACGUGCUGCGGCGCAGCUUCCUCCGCGACGAGAACAUCUACAGCAGCCUCCAGGACGUGCACCGGGACGCGCGCCGCCGCGACAACGCCUGCUGGCCACCGGAGAACUCCCUCAAGCGCCAGUUCUCCUCGCAGAGCGUCAAGCCGUUCCGACCCACCGCGGCCGAGAACGUGCUCCACCGCAGCCUCAAGGACCUGAGCGGCGCGCCGGCCUCCGCCAGCAGGGACUCCCUGGCGCAGCAGGACCCACCGCUGUGGAGCUUCAAGCCCGAGCCCGUGUACAGCAGCCUGGACAACGUGCGCCUGGGCGCGGGCAUCGUGCUGGCGCCGCCCCCGGGCGCCACCCCCGCGCUGGGCAGGGUGCCGGCCAGGGCGCCGCCCCCGCUGGCCCUGCGGCGCGACGAGUCCUGGGGCGCGUCCUGGCGUAGCCACCGCGGGGGCAGGCCGGCCCUCAUCCUGCCGACGCCACCCCCCGGCCGCGCUGCCUCCACGUCCGCGCUGGUCGCCGCGCCCACGCCGCGCGCGCAGCACGGGGCGCAUCACGGCGCUCAGCACGGUGCUCAGCACGGCGCACAGCACGGGCUCCGCGGGGUGCCGGCGUCCCCCAAGCAGCAGACGCCGCUGCCGCCCCCGCCGGACAGCAAGGCCGUGCCGCUGUGCCUCCGGCCGCACGCCUUCUCGCCGGCGGGCGCGCCGCGGGUCAAGAGACACAAGCACGAGCGGAAGAGCAAGUACCAGCACCUGGUGGACGACAACAACAACAGCAACAGCAGCGACAGCUUCGUCCUGGUCAAGAAGCCCGCGUUCGCGGUGCAGGUGGAGGCCGCCGCGGGCACGGCGCUGUGCCCGAGCUGCGGGCAGCCGCCCGACGUGCACAUCCCGCCCUGGGCGCUGGCCGCCGCGCGACCGUUAGUGAAGUACCCUAUCCCUCUUUCCAGGCUCAGAUCACUUCACCACCGUCUUAAUCUUUGCGCGUGGCGUGUAUGUCUGUGUGCCUGUAGUUCAAGCGCUCCUUUCCCUGUCCCCGCAGGCUCCUUCCUGGCCGUGUACUGCGGGCUGUCGCUGCUGCUCGGCGUGCCGCUGGCGCUGCUCGAGGUGGGCCUGGGCCAGCUGUGCGAGCAGGGCGUGACGCGCGUGUGGCGCGCCGUGCCGCUCUUCACCGGCGUGGGCGUCGUCAAGGUGCUGCUGUCCGCGCUGCUCUCCGUGUACUGGCCCGUGCUCAUGGCGCUGUCCCUGUUCUUCGCCGUGUGGACGGCCAAGGGGCCCCUCCCCUUCAGCGAGUGCAAGUACAGCGACGGAGCGGACGGGUACCUUUACUCGCGGACGUCCGGAGAGUCGUGCCUCAAAAAAACUUUCCUGAAAUCCCCAGCGGAGGAGCCCAUGUGGUUCAGCGUCACGGCCACGUUCCUGUUUCUGCUCUGGACCAUCACGCUGCUCUGCGUGUUCCGGGGCGCACGGACCUACCGCCGGGUGCUGAGCGUGCUGGUCGUGGCCUUGGUGGCCGGCCUAGUGGCCAUGCUGGUGGACAGCGCCAUGCUGCCCGGGGCGGACGUGGGGCUGCAGCAGCUGCUGAGGUUCGACUGGGAUGCCCUGCUCAACGUGGAGACAUGGUACUUUGCAACUAUCCAAAUUUUUUUCUCAACCCACAUUGGACUUGGCAGUAUUGUCACUGGAGCUGGACGUUUUUAUUCUAAAAGCAAUGCAAUUUGGACUGCAUUUGCUCUAGUUUUGUGCAGCUUGCUUGUUGGUGUAUUGUGGGUGGCUAUUAUUUACCUGAGACUUGGUCAAUUAGUUCAGUCCAAUCAAUUGCGUCAGCUGGUUUCAUCAGAUAUACCGGAAACUAUGGUAUUGACGUUGCUGUAUGACACAGCAGCUAAAGGAAAUUCUGAUCAAACUGUGGCUGCUAUAGGUUUCCUUUUAAUAGUGUGUGCCGGUUUUGCCUCAAUGGUUCCCUUACUGGAUACAAUACUUUCUGCAAUAUAUGUGGAAUCUAAGCGCCGUUGGGAGUGGUGGAAGGCUGCUGCUCUUUGUUGCAUUCUAGGUUUUGUUCUUGGGGCACUCUGUAUGCUACCUGAAUUUCUCUCUCUUAUCCAUGUUCUGGAUCAUUACGUUGUGGGCCGUUUAGCACUAGCCUGUACAGUGACUGAAUUAGUUGCCUUUGUAUGGAUAUAUGGCUGUGGUCCUCUGUACACAGACUUGGAAUUUGUAGUAGGAAGCAAAUUGGGUCCUCUUUGGAAGAUCUUAUGGUGCCUAGCCCCAUUGUAUCUCUUGGCUGUUGAAGCCUGGUCUGUAGUUGUCAUACCAUGGGAUGGACUAACUGGCAGGCACGAUCCACCAUGGCAAGUCUUGCUCGGAUGGGGAUUAUAUUUUGCUGGAUGGGCUAUUAUUUGUGUAACAGCUGUGCGACAAGUCUGCAUACAGGUUGACUACAAUAUUUGUCAGAAAUUUUUAAGUGCUGUGAAACCCUCUCGAAAUUGGGGUCCUGCAGACCCUAUCUACCGUCACUGCUGGAUGCAGUGGAGAGAUGCCACACCUGCAAACAAAAUGGAUCACACUUUAAGAAGAAGGGGAACCCGCGACUACACCCAUUCUGUCCGAAUGGCAACAGCUCCUGAUCCCCUCUCACAUUUUUCACAUUUAGCUCCUUCCAGAGGGUCUGGUCCAUUUUUUAUUGACAGCAAAGCUGAGCUUGCCGAACAUGUGUGCUGGCGUAAAGAAAUGCUUGACAAACCUCUUCACUGAGGUUUUGCUAGGUAGCUGCAAAGUUUCCUAUAUGUACAUAUUAGAUGAAUAACUAUAAAAUAGGAAAUAAUCAUAUGCACGGAGUACAAAAUGGACAUAAAAGCUUGGCCUAGCACCAUCUUGGAUUGAAGCCCCAAGCAAGUUAUGGUAUAUACUUCUAUGAUUUUGAAGAAACAGAAUUCCAAUCUGUACUUAAAACUUUUCAAACCAAAGAUUUUUAUGUAAAUAUUGUACUAUAUAUAUGUGUAGUGUAUCUACUUAUGAAAUAUUUCCAAAACAAGCCAUGACAUUGUAGACAAUGAAAUUUAUCAAAUUUGAAUAUCAAUUUAUAAGGAUUUGUAUUUUUAACUGCUGUCAUCAGUAACUGAGAUGCAGUUUUUUCUGUACAUUAAGUUAUUCUUCAGUCCCCUUUGCUGAGGCUAACUAAAGUUAGACUGAUCUAUUUCUAUUAUUUACUAUUACUAGUCUGCUGUACUAUCGUACUGUCUUAUAUGCAUUUGUUAGUUCAUUAAGAUAUGUUUUCAAUUUUUUUCUAAGUAAUUGUCAAGUUAUUUGACCAUAUUGACACAAAAACCAUUUACCAUCCUGCUAAAUGUCUUCUUCAUCCUGAAUCUAAUCUUGCACUGUGAGCAAGCUGUAUCAAAAAACUUCUGUGAAUGCCUGGGGGACAGCUCAGGUGGAACUAAAUUGUCACAAAUUUGUCAAUGACCCUCAUUUGACAGCAAAAUGAGCUCCUAGCCGCAGUAAAUUUUGACUAUUUGAGUCAAAAUUAAGUCAUUUUGACAGAUGUGUUCUACCUGGGAGCCUUAUUUUUUGGGGGAAGUGGCAUCCACUCGAACUACAAUUGUAUGAAAUGUUCAUUAGAAAAAAGGUACUGAAGACUGUUUUUUUACUGCUAGUGUAUUAAUGAUGUUUGUGCUCAAGCCAAAUAUGUGCCAUGUGCAGGAAGAUAGAAUGAAAUAAAACCUUAAAUGGCUAUUUAGAAAGUCAAACUAGGGGCUAUGAAAGUACUAUGUAAAGAUUAUUUGGCUUCUGCAUAGUGUAUAGAAAAAAAGUACCAAUAUGUCAGACAAAAGAAAUAAGAGGUGCUAUUGUUACAACUCAUUGUGUUAGGUGCAAAGCAGUUUGGAGUCUGUUGCAGUUUUACCAUAUCACAUAUUGAAUUACAAUUUUUAAGCCUUGUACUCUCAAUUAAUAUAAAAUCGUGAAAACAAUAAAUUUCCCAGACCAGUUCAAA